CGCAAAGGGAUUUCUAUCAGCUUUGCUCUUAAAAUUUAACGAUUAGUCUCCAUAAUUUCGGUUCAUUAAAAUCACAAAAUUGUCCAUAGUUGGAAUUAUUUUGUUCGUUUCAAUAGUAUUCCUGAAGUAUCUUCUGUAGAGCGCAAAAUUUCGUUCACAUUUGCAGUGUCUUGUAGUUUCCUUGUGUUCUAACCUCAAACGUUGAUCAAAACAAAAAGGUUCCAUUCCUGAUUCGCUAAACCAGACAAGAAAAAAACACCUCAGAGCUAGAAUGGCGGCCGUAAUCCGUCUGAAGAGAAGGGUGGACGAAGAUCCACUGGACGCAUUUGUUCUGAACUGCAAACGGCAACGGACAGAUCCCGGUCAACAGCAGGACCCGACAGAUGAUGCCAGUAGCUCGAACUCGACCGGUGAAACUUCCACAGUGUUGAAAUUUGCAGGAACAUUUCCAAAGGCGGACAACAUUCCCACACACCUUCAGCAGCGACUGUCGAAAGAUGAAGCCAGGGAAGUAAUCUCGCGAGUUCAUCGACCGAAGAUUGCCUCCCGAAACCGGGAAGCAUCACGACAGAAUGCCCAGAACAGCCGUUUCCGGAUUGUGAACUGCACGCGAUCUCUCAGCCAAGUUGAGGGAGUCGAAGGAACGACUAUCGUGGAUGUCGAGCGGGAUAUCAUUGCAGCAGCAGCAGCAGCAUCCGCGGCCAUAGUAACAACAGCCUCCGCUGCAGUUAGCAGCGAGAAUAGUUUGGAUGAGAAGCGACCGGCGGAAGGACCGGAAGAACAGGGCUAUGUGUAUGAUCUGUAUGUCGUUGACGACACUCAACCGCAGGUGCACAUCCCGUUCAUACCGGACAAUCUAGACGAUAUCAGUGUUGCCAUUUACGAUGAUCCGCUGUUCUCGAGUCAUCGCGGUUUGGGCGACCGGUCGGAUUCGCUGGGUGAGGAAUCGGAAGAUUCCAACGAUGAAAACAACUGGCGCAACGAUUAUCCCGACGAGGACGAAGACGUAUUUGGUGAUUGCCAAAGCGUAGGAGAGGAUGACAUGCGACGGGCCGUAGAAGAGCUCGAUCUGGAAGGCGAUCGUGAGUUGUCGUCCGAUGGGGAAAAUGAGGACGGGACCCGCGAGGAUGGCAACAGCGGAUUUGCCUACCCCGUGAACGAUGACGGUGAUGAUGAUGAUGAAUACCGCGAUGCCGAUGACGCCGGUUUGAAUUCGAACGAUGUGGACCGAUUUGGGACGGCUUACGCGAGAUACAAGGCCAGGAUUAUGAAGCAGCUGGAGAAGAAGCAACGGGGAAGCGACUCGGAAGAGUACGAUUCGGAACUCGGAAGCAGCGAUGAAUUUAAGUCAUCUUCGGCUAGUGGCAGCGAAAGUGAGAAGAAUUUUGAUUUGUAUGAUUAA